AACCUCUCCACUGUUGGCAUUUAGGGCUGAAUAAUUCUUUGUCCUGGGGGGCUGUUGUGCAUUGUAGUGAGGUGAUUGCUGUGGUGAUGGAUGUUUUCACAGACAUCGACAUCUUCAGAGACCUGCAGGAAAUUAGUAGGGAGCAGGGCGUGGCUGUGUACAUCCUUCUGGAUGAAGCCCUGGUCUCCCACUUUCUGGACAUGUGCAUGGAUCUGAAAGUUUAUCCUGAACAGGAAAAGCUGAUGUCAGUCCGGACAAUUACAGGAAAUAUCUACUAUGCGAGGUCAGGAACUAAAAUUGUUGGCAAGGUUCAUGAAAAGUUCACACUGAUUGAUGGCAUUCGAGUCGCAACAGGCUCGUACAGUUUUACAUGGACGGAUGGUAAAUUAAACAGCAGUAACUUGGUAAUUCUGUCUGGCCAAGUUGUUGAACACUUUGAUCUGCAAUUCCGGAUCUUAUAUGCCCAGUCAAAGCCCAUCAGCCCCAAACUCCUGUCCAACUUCCAGAUCAGUGGCAAGUUUGAUCAUCUAGUGGGCCGAAAACCAUUGACCAAGGAGCUUACACUGGGCAACCUGCUGUGCAUGCGGCUGGCCAAGCUAUCAAGUACACCCAAGAAGACUGACCUGGGCCCACCGGUGCCUGUGAAGGGCAAGACAGGGACCAAGCACCGCGACUCCAUGUCCUCCACUAUGAAUGAGGAAGACUACUUCCACAGGGAUGAGCUGGGGGACAGCAAGGCAGUUGAUGCUGCCACCCAGACAGAGCCAGGAGAGGAGGUGGCAGCAGUGAGCGUGAGUGAGGUGGGCACGCAGACCAGCAUGGGCACGGCCUGUGCCGGAACCCAGACCACCAUCACCACCAGGGCAUCAAGCUCCCAGACCACAGUGUGGUCCAAGUCGACCACCACCCAGACUGACGCACAUGAGACCAGUCACUUUUCUCUGGGAAUGCAAUCUAAAGAAGGAUCACCGGUAUCAAAAAUGUCAGUGUCAAGGUCCUCCAGUUUGAAGUCAUCCUCCUCUUUGUCUUCCCAAGGCUCUGUGGCAAGCUCCAUUGGUUCCCACGCUUCCCUCCGAGCCCUCGACUUCCACGCUCCCGGAUACCCAAAGUACUUGGGUACCCACCAUUUGGACCUGUGCCUGAGGGACUCAUUCAGAAACUUGAAUCAGGAGCGGCAGUUUCAUUUAGCUGGCAUCAGAUCCCGGCUCAACCACAUGCUGGCCAUGCUCUCGAGGGGAACGUUCUUUGCUGAAAACUACCCUGGCUUUAAAUCUGGAAAUUUCACCAGAGCAUCAGUUAAUUUGGUUGCUGUUAGAGAUACAGUACUGUAUCCUUCCUAUCAGUGAUUGCUUCAUGCUGGCUUCUGGUGUCAGCCAUCUUAUGACAGAUACUACCAGAGUCCUGCUUUCAAAAACAUCACAUGUAAGAGACAUGUGCUUUCUCUCACCUUUCUUUUAGUCAUUUUGGCUGUCUU